UGAAGGUGCAAUGCAAAUGAGCAAGAUCACCAUAGUGCACACACCUACUAUUUGAUUGAUCACAUGCUAUCUACUGGAUCUACUGGACCCGAUCCUCUGUCAGUGACAGUGACACUGCACUCAAUGUGAUUGUCUUUCGCUUAUUAAUCAAUUGAUUGUUGUUUACAAUUGUUUUCAAUACAAGUCAACAAUGAAUUGGUUCCCAAAAGAGCGCAACUAUAAGACAGAACUUCUCGGGAAGUACUGUACGGCCAAAGAGGCGACCGAUCAUCCAUUGAAGCCAUUAGUGGUUAACCAAACGGAGACCAAGAGAUUAAAAGUAGACAACUCUUCGGCGGUCACCAAAACUAAUGACGCGAAGCCGACCAACACUUCUUGGAAUGGUUUGGAUCCGCUUUCGAUGGCUUUAAGCCUUCAAAACACGACAGAAAGCAAUUCAUUGGAUUCAUCGCUAGAAAUGGAUAAAAAUGCAAAGUCUUCGUCGAAAGACAAUCAGACGACGGCUGACUUUAUUGGCGAAGACUUCGAGGACUGGUCGUCGACCAAGACUUCAAUACUUAACAAAUACACCACUUCUGAGAGACUGUCAAUUAAGACAUCUUUUCUGAUGGUCGGCGCCUCGGGUUCGGCCAUAAGUGGCAGCACUUCUGUUGUGAGGAGUUCUGCGAAUACGUCGGUUGCGGACAAAGUUCGUCACCGAUUGGAACAAUUGGAUGACUUCGAAGAG